UCUCAGUCAGUCGAACGCAUGCACGCCUUCGGAGUUGGUUAGGAGUUACAUUGCACGUUCUCGUCCACUGAUAAGCAUUUUGCACCCUUGGCAGAUACAAAGAAGAACUGGUAGUUGAAGGGCGAAGCUUGUGACCGCAAGCUGAUCGUAAAAUUGAUUGUGUUAAUAUACUAAUCCGUUGACAAAAUUCAGAAGUGAAUGGUGGUGAGGGGUUUCCAAUAAAGAAGUUACGACGGGAAACGAUCGAAGGGGAUCCCGACAAAUUUAUGAUACGAUUACGCGUUAAUAUUUUUUAUGAUAGCUUUUUUGUAGCAACAUCGGUAGGACCAAGUGUUAAAUGAUAUAUUAGUGUGUUUUUAAGAGGAAGUUAAAGGAUGAACAUGAGUUCCAAGACGCGAUUAGAAAUGCGAGUCUACGCGGUGGUUUUUUUGAUAGUGUGCUGCUUCCUGUGUUCCCCCUGUGCAAGCGAGGAGCUAAAAGCGAAGAAUGCUUCAAUAGACAAGAAAACGGCAGCUCAGAUAGCCGCAGGCGAGCAGCGACUAGGGGAUCAAAUUCGCGCUAUCCUCAAACAUUAUCAGCAAGACGAUCCGGUCGGGUUACCGGGCGCGCCGAUACCGGAUCCAAUGCCAGUGCCAGAUAUGAAGCAUUCCUUCUCCAUAAAUACGAUAAAUCUCAAAAAAAUUAACGUUUAUGGGCUGUCCAAGUUCCGUAUCGAACAUAUAGAAUCGGAACUAGCACGUAUGCAGGUGUCCGUCGCAGUAAGGAUUGACAUUCUUGAUAUUCGUGGAUUAUACACAAUGACAUCGUGGAUUUCAAGGUCCGAAGGGGACUUUACGGUGAAGCUUACCGGCGUAAUAGUCGAAGGUAUCGCCAGGCUGGAAGUGAGCACCGAUGGCAAAUUGCAAGCUCAGGAUAUCGACAUGGAUUUGACUUUUGAUAAAAUUGACCUGGACUUUAAGAAUCUAGGAUUCCUCGGUUCGGUGUUUCAAGGAGUCAUCAAUUCCGUCGGGAGCUUCAUCUUUGACGGCAUCAAACCAUUCAUACUGAAAGAAGUUAAUACAAACAUAAGGGGCGAAGUGAAUAAGCAAAUAUCACAAUUACCGCAAUACUUUCCGAAUUCGAUUUCACCCUUCGAUAUGGCGAUCGCAGAAGCUCGGAAGCAGGUUUCUCAGAUGGGCUAUGAUCCAUACCAGCUAAAGGGUUAUACUCAAAGCGUUGGUAUAUUCACCAUGACCUCGUCACAUACCUGGAUCACCGGUCUAGCCAGUUUCUAUCGCAUGGGAAAUAUAACCAUCACCAUGGAGAACGGAACUAUAUACGCGCUUCUGGAUGUCGGCACCCAGGAACUUGAGGGUAAGACGCACUGGGAGGUGAGCGUGAUCGGCGGCUUCCUGUCGCGUGCCGGCACCGUGUCCUUCACCGUCAAAUUCUUUCGGGUUCAAGUGAAGCUGGCUCAGCCGUUGGACACGCGAAAACGCGCUACAUUAGAAGAACUGGAGCUCGAGUUGGGCAACAUCCAAGCGAGAUUCCACGGCGCCAGAACACUCGAUUAUCUCGUGGAAGCGAGCGUUAAUAUACUACCGAACCUUUUAAGAUAUCAAAUCAUGGACGCGAUCGAAGGACCGUUAAAGAGACGUAUACAAGAGGAGUUGGAGAAGGUAGACAUGGAAAAAUUGAUUGAUGAGAAAAUUCCGGUGAUCGAGGAACAGGCUAGAUGGAUGCAGGGUUUAGCACCCGCAGAGGAAACAAUCUUGGAAGAGCCGCUGCCACCGAACAGUCAAGAUGAUCAAACGCCAUUCUCUGAGAGCGAGGAAGAACGAGGACCGUCGUAAGAAAGGCAUUCAUAGAUCACAAUCGAACGUUAUUCAAACGUUUAACUCAGGCCUGUCCAAUUUGAGCUCCGGAGCCAAAACGCAAAGCCAUCGACUAAAAAAAAUUCAAUGUAGGUAAAAUUUCGAGAACUGUAAAGUGCUGAUACGCAUCCAAGUGACACUUUAUCAAGCUCAAAUUGGAUAGGCCUGGUUUAACUCCAUUCUAGAGGGCCAAUAAUUCGAGACAAACUCCUUUAUAUAAUGUAAACACAUAUUGUACAUUAUGCGUGAUAUAUGCGCAUGUAUUUUAAUGUAUAAUAUGUGUACAUAUACAUGUGCAUUCUGAUUUUUUAAACAUCCUGUAUCACGCGACGGAAUUCUACUUACAAUUUAUAAAUGCAAUUCUGUCGUGAAUGUCGAAUUGUCUAAUAGCAGCUUUGCAACAUGAAAAAAGUGAAAAAUGUAUGCACGACUUCGUGACAUAUUUGGCACAGAUGCGUAAUUUAUGCUCGAUGGAUAAUUCAAUAACGAUUUGGCUAAAUUGAGAAAAUAUUUAUUGCGACUUAUUUUUUUUAUGCGCAUAAAUUUUUGCGUGCCAUGAAUGGUAUUGUUAGAAUUUAAAUACUUAACAGCAUAAAUGCGUUUUUAAGAAAAAAAUAUUGCUUUUAAAUCAAACUUAUGUAUAUUAUAUAGGCCGCGGUCCGAU